AUGAGUAACCAAACCACGGUGACCAGUUUCUUAAUUCUUGGCUUCUCAGCUUUCACAGAAGUCUGGCUUCCGUACUUCGUCUUCUUCCUCUUCGUUUACCUGGUCACUCUGAUGGGUAAUGGGGCAGUUGUCUACAUUGUGCACUCAGACCAUGCUCUCCACUCCCCCAUGUACUUCUUCCUGUGUAACUUGUCCAUCCUGGAGACAGUGUACUCAUCUGUCACUCUUCCGAACAUUCUUAAAAACCUGGUGUCAGGGGAUAAAAGAAUUUCGUUCCUUGGCUGCGCCAUCCAGAUGUUCUUCUUUCUGUUCUUAGGGACCACCGAGUGUCUUCUCUUGGCUAUUAUGGCAUUUGAUCGUUACACAGCUAUCUGCCAACCGCUCUUCUACAAUAUGGUGAUGAGCAAGCAGAGGUGCGGCUACCUGUCUGCUUUGGCGUGGUCCUCCGGCGCGCUUCUUUCCUUAGGACAGACAACCUUUAUCUUUACACUAACCUACUGUGGUCCUAAUGUCAUUGACCACUUCUUCUGUGACAUACCUCCAGUCCUAAAGCUGGCAUGCUCAGAAACCUACCUGAAUGAGAUUGCCAUUUUCAGCGUGUGUGUGGCCAUCCUCCUGACGCCCUUUCUCCUGAUUCUUGCAUCCUACACCCGAAUUAUCUCAACGCUACUGAAAAUGACUUCGGUGGAAAAGCGGGGGAAGGCAUACUCCACUUGUGUGUCCCACCUGACGUCAGUCACUCUCUUCUACGGCACGGCCUCGUUUAUGUACUUACGACCCCGAUCCCUGUACUCUCUACACACUGAUAGGUUCCUAGCACUCUUUUAUAGUGUAGUGACUCCCAUGUUGAACCCACUCAUCUACAGUUUAAGGAACCAAGAAGUCAGAGGGUCACUGCAGAAGAUCAUCAAGGAGAUUCACAUUUUACGCAAAAAAUGA